AUGUCACAUAUAAAAAGAAGAGGACAAGUAGCGCAAUUACCUGAUUUAGAUGUAAUAAAUGGAGAUGCUCCAAUUCCUCCAACACCUACUCAAAACAAUCCUCCUCCAAGAAUGCGCUCUUUUUCAAGAGGACGUGGAGUUCCUGUAACAGAGGCUCCUCCAGCUGAAUUAGCAGCUCAGCCAGUCGCUGCAGAAAAACCUGCUCCAGCAAAACCAAAACAAAAAGAAUAUACAGAUGUCAAUGAUCUGCCAAACAAACUAGAAAAAGAAAUCUCUCAAUUGCAUUCUUCAAUUGCUCAAGCACUUAUCACGGAAGUUGGUACUCUUCAAGAAUCUGCCGAAAAAUUGACUGAAAUGAAUACACUUGUUUCAAAUUAUCUAAAAACAUCAACAGGAUCGAAAGACGUUGAAUCAGAAGUAUACAAGAAAUUAAUCAUGAUUAACUCAGAUCAUAAAGUAAGCGCUACAACAAUCGCUAAUAAACGUCGUGUUAUUGAAAAACUUCAACUGAUCAUAGAAGUAGCUGCCAUACCAGAGAAAUGGACGAGAGUGCUCGGACAGUCAACAUUUCCUGCACAAAAUGUUGGCAGUUUGCAGUCAAUUCUUGAAGAAGCGACAAAAGCUUUAUUACCUGAGAAUACUCCACCAAUUCUUGUUGGCCUUGUUGCUGCCAAGAACAGGGAAGCCGAUAUCAAUACAGCUUUAAUGCAAUUUUCAAAUAAUUUCACGAGAUUUUUCAUUAAUAUUUUCAAAUCUCCACAAGAACUUGAACAAUUAGCAUCGCAAUCGAAAGGAGCUACGAACAGACCUCGCAUUGAUACUUCUCAACCAGCUCAGCCUUUCUCAGUUAACUUAGAAAAUCAUACUUUACUUCGUGCCAUUUAUUCUUACUCCUGGAUCAUUCUUUGGAUCAAGAAUCGCUAUCCAGAUAACUUCAAGACCAUGGUUACCGCCUUCCACGAUGCUUCAAAGCUUACAACUCAAUCAUCUCUGAUUGAUGUCCUCGAGAAGUCAAUCAAACGUAUCACAGAGAUGGAGCCGACAAAGAAUAAAAACGAUCUGUUCUCUGCUGGCUCGAAUAUGAAGGAAGCACAAGCCCAAGAAAUCUGGGAUAUCCUAAACAAGACUUCCGACACCAUAUUCGACUCCAGCCUGAAAGAGAAAAUUAUUCUGAUGGAGUUCUGGGGCGUAGAACAGUACCUCGACGAUUUAAUUCCGAAAGCCGUUUUAGAUAAGAUCGAAAGCAUGUGGAUGCAUGCAGGAAAGUUCGAUAUGUUCUUCAUUCUCCGUGGUGCCUCACUGAAUAACGAGAUAAUCAGCCAGAAAAACCUUCCUUUGGAGUCAAUUGUCGAAGCAUUGGGUCAUAAAUGGGACAAAUACAUCGAAAAGCAGUCCAAACUCAUUAUGGCCGAGAAGUUCGAGUACAAGAAGACCACAACUCUCGCUCCUUGUAAAGCAUUUCCCAAAUUCGUACAUUAUUUGCUUUCAAAGAAGCUCGAAUACGAUAAUGAGCUUCUUGAAGAUGCUUUCGACAAGCUAUGCACUGCGUUAACAGAUUGGUUGGUCCAAAUCGUUGCUCCUAAAGCCGAAAAGAAGAAACAAGAAAGAUUAAUUGUUGUCAACACUUUUUACAUGUUUAACAAGCUGAAGAAAUCGAAAACUCUCAAGGAAAGUACUGGUUUCCAACAGACAAUGGAUACAAUGCAGGAAUUCAUGAAGCAACACAUCGAUUUCUUGUUGAGAGAUUUAGUUUCGAAACAAUGGAAAAAUGCAACAAAAUUUUUCACUCAAAUUACAACUUGGAGAACAGAAUGCGGCUUAUCUCCUGAUGUAGUGACAUUCCAACCAUCACAUACUGAUGAGAAGUUCCAGGAAUUAGUUAAAGACUUGGAAAAGAAUUUUCAAUCUAAUUUCAGUGCUUGUCAAACUGUAAUCAACAAUAAAAUCAAAGAGACUGAACUGAGAGAAUUGAUUCUAAAGAGAUUAUCGCCUUACGUUGACGAAAUGUGGAAAGAAUGGGAUGAUUUCGCAAUUUCUUGUUACAAUGAAGGAAUUUUACCUACACCGGAAACUGUUCAUAAUAUAAUGUUCCAUGAUUAA